AUGGCGGAGGCGGCGCCCGGGAACAUCGUGAAGGAGGGCUGGUUGCUGAAGCGCGGCGAGCACAUCCGCAACUGGCGCGACCGCUACUUCAUCCUGUUCGACAAUGGCGACCUACUGGGCUUCAAGGCGCAGCCCGAGCGCAACAACUACCGUGACACCCUCAACAAGUUUACAGUGCGUGAUUGUCAGAUCAUGGCUGUGGACAAACCCCGGCCCUACGUGUUCACGAUCCGCGGCCUACAGUGGACUACCGUCAUAGAAAGAAACUUCGCCGUCGACAACGAGAAAGAUCGCGAGGAGUGGGUGGCGGCCAUCCGCUACGUAUCGUCGACCCUGGCGGCGGGCUCGGCGGCCGGGGAGGGGGCGUCCGGGGCUCUCGGCGGAGUGCUCCCUCCACACGACACUGACGACGAUGACAUCGCCAAGCUCGGCACCAGCUUCAGGGAUCCGAGACGCAUCACGUUGGAGAAGUUCGAGUUCGUGAAGGUCCUGGGGAAAGGGACCUUCGGGAAGGUGGUCCUCAGCAGAGAAAAGGGAACCGGCAAGCUGUACGCCAUGAAGAUACUCAAGAAACACAUCAUCAUACAGAAGGACGAGGUCGCGCACACCAUCACCGAGAACCACGUGCUCAAGAAGACCAAACAUCCCUUCCUUACGGCGCUGCGCUACUCGUUCCAGACGGCAGACCGCGUGUGUUUCGUGAUGGAGUACGCCAACGGCGGGGAGCUGUUCUUCCACCUGUCGCGAGUGAGGUCCUUCAGCGAGGAACGCACGCGCUUCUACGGCGCAGAGAUCGUGGCGGCGCUGGGCUACCUGCACGCCGAGGGCAUCAUCUACAGGGACCUCAAGCUGGAGAACCUGCUGCUCGACAAGGACGGGCACAUCAAGAUCGCUGACUUCGGGCUGUGCAAGGUGGACAUCACGUACGGGCGCACCACCAAGACGUUCUGCGGCACGCCCGAGUACCUGGCGCCCGAGGUGCUGGAGGACACGGACUACGGGCCGGCCGUAGACUGGUGGGGCACGGGCGUGGUGCUGUACGAGAUGGUGUGCGGCCGCCUGCCCUUCUACAACCGGGACCACGAGGUGCUGUUCGAGCUCAUCCUGCAGGAGGAGGUGCGCUUCCCGCGCGCGCUGUCCGCCGCCUGCCGCUCGCUGCUGGCCGGCCUGCUGUGCAAGGAGCCCGCCGGCCGCCUGGGCGCCGGGCCCGACGACGCCAAGGAGAUCAUGCAGCACCCCUUCUUCACGUCCGUCAACUGGAGCGACCUCGUGGCCAAGAAGAUCCCGCCGCCCUUCAAGCCGCAGGUGGACUCGGACACCGACACGCGCUACUUCGACUCGGAGUUCACGGGCGAGUCCGUGGAGCUCACGCCGCCUGACAAUGACUCGGGCCUCGCGCGCAUCCAGGAGGAGCACUUCCCGCAGUUCUCCUACCAGGACAUCUGCUCGUCGGCGCACUCGGCCCUCUCUCACCUGUCGCACCACUCCGCCGCGCCCGACCGCCGCCACUAG